AUAAUUAAAAAUUAACAGGUAAGAAGAACCAUGAAUUUUGUAUUAUUUUAAGUUCCCUUCAAGAUUUGAAAUUUAACUCCUUCAUUACUACAAAUACAAAGUGCACACUGCACACUCAUCAUUUCCCAUUUCCCCCUAACUUUUUUUUUUCUUUUUUCAUUGUUCUUCUUCUUCCAUUUCUAAUACUUUGCUUUCUCCACACCCAUCUCAGAAUAAUUCUUGUUUUACUCCUUUAUCAAGUAAAGAACCCUCAAAGAACAAUGAUUCUAACCAACUUGUUAUGAUUAUCUCUCCUUCAUUCUUGCUUGCACCCCACAACAAUUCUUUUAAUUUUUCUUAUAAAGAUUGUAUUUUUAUCAAGAAAUUGACAAGAAUUCCAAGAUGUCUGAAACCCCAUCUCAGAAAGAGUAUGAAAAAGUUACUUUCUUGAUUGUUGUUAAGAAAAUAAAGAGAUUCAGGCUGUUUGAACCUUCUCUGAGUAUUCUUGGAUUCUUUUUAGUUAUCUGUCUUGUUUUGUGUUUUGCCUUGUUGGAUUACAGAAGUGUGGCUAAAGUGUUGAAAUUUUCUUCAGAGUCUCAGAAGAGGUUUUUAUGGUUGAGAUUUGAUAGGCCAAUUUCUGAGAGGAAAAAGAUUGAUUUUUUGAGUGAAAAUGGUUGUGGUUGUAAUGUUUUUGAUGGAGACUGGAUUUGGGAUGACAGUUAUCCUUUGUAUAAUUCUAGAGAUUGUAAAUUCUUGGAUGAAGGUUUCAGGUGUACUGAGAAUGGAAGGCCUGAUUUGUUUUACACUAAAUGGAGAUGGCAGCCUAAAGCUUGCAAUUUGCCCAGAUUUGAUCCCAGGACCAUGCUAGAGAAACUGCGGGAUAAACGUAUAGUGUUUGCCGGAGACUCAAUUGGGAGAAACCAGUGGGAGUCUUUGCUUUGCAUUCUUUCUUCAGCUAUAGCCAACAAGGACAACAUCUAUGAAGUUAAUGGCAGUCCUAUCACGAAACACAAAGGGUUCUUGGUCUUCAAGUUUGCUGAUUACAAUUGCACAGUGGAAUACUAUAGGGCUCCGUUUCUUGUGUUGCAGAGUCGACCUCCUGCUGGAGCCCCGGCCAAUAUAAGAACAACUCUAAAGUUAGAUAAAAUGGAUUGGAACUCUUUAAAAUGGAGGGAUGCAGAUGUCAUUGUUUUUAAUACUGGACACUGGUGGAACUAUGAGAAGACCAUAAGAGGGGGUUGUUACUUCCAAGAGGGGUCAGAAGUGAAGAUGGAUAUGAAAGUGGAUACUGCCUAUGAGAGGUCUUUGCAAACGGUGUUAGACUGGGUAAGUCGUGAAGUUAACUCCAACAAAACACAAGUCUUCUUCCGGACAUAUGCCCCGGUACAUUUCAGAGGUGGAGACUGGAGAACUGGCGGAGGCUGUCACCUGGAGGCACUUCCCGAUCGAGGUUCUUCAUUGGUGCCACCCCACACAUGGGCUCGAUACAGUAUAUUCCGUGAUAUAAUGUCAACUCACUUAAACACGACAAAUCAAGGAGCAUUACAUGUUCUAAAUGUAACACAUCUAACCUCCAGAAGAAAAGAUGGGCAUUCAUCUAUGUACUAUUUGGGUCCUAACGUAGGCCCUGCGCCAAUCAAUAGGCAAGAUUGCAGCCACUGGUGCCUUCCGGGAGUCCCAGAUGCAUGGAAUGAGCUACUGUAUGCCCUAUUUAUGAAGCGAGAAGCCACUCAAUCUUUGAACACAUCAACUAUCCAGGUACAAUGAUCCGAGGUUGCUUCUCCGAGGUGUGCUUUAGCUUAUACAUGCUCAACAGGACUAAGACGUGUUAAAUAUAAAGAUGCUUGUCCGAUAAAAUACAGAAUCGAGAAGAUACAACAAUUACCAGACACCAGAGGCGAGACAAGAACCUGCUGUGAAUAUCUCAUUGCUGUUUCAAGACUUGCUUCUGUGUAGAUUUGGUAUUUUAAACUGAAGAUAAGCCCAUUUUUAGGGGUAAGAUGUAAACAGGGUCAUUGAAUAAAAUAGAUAAGCUCAUAGAUAGGAGAUUAGGUGUAUGUUCAAAUGUAGUGAAAUUUUGGGUUACAACUUGUAGCUGAACAAAGAAAAGAAUGUUAAGUUGAAGUAGCUCUGUCAAUUAAGCUUAUUCUGUCUAAUAUU